GCAUCUCCAUGCCUCGGGAAAGGUGCAACGCUCCCAGCCGUAACAGGGUUCAACGGGAAUGGGGUACGCUCAAUACUGAACCCCGCCUGUUCCGAUUCCACGCGUCUCUCAUCGUCCCUCGACUCCUCAGUCAGGAUCGGAAUUGGAAUCAGCUCACUCAGCAACCAGACCAUUCAUCGCCAUAGAUGGUAUAGGCUCUGCCCUGUCUUGUGCGUGGAGAUGCCUCUUGGCGUAUGGCUUGGCCCCCGCAAUGCCAAGCGGGCACUCGUCAAACAGUUGCGAUUUGGAUUUCUGGGGGGCUUCCGAUGGCUUCCGUACCUCCGCGGAUGUUUUGGGUAGGGUAGCUACAAUUAAUUGUGCGUUGGUUUGUAGUGGUUCAUUCCUUCAUACCUAAAACAGCGGAUGCUGAGACCG